CCAAAUUGGCCAUUGGCCAAAGCAGUCAGCCGCCAGGUUUUCCCUUCAUUCAUUCAUUCGCGAACGUUAGUCAAAAAUUUACAAUCGGGUGUGAUCGACGUGUCUUUUUUAUAUUAAAUUACAUUAUUUUUUUCUGAAAAUAAACAUCUAUUUAAUUUAAAACAUUAUUAUUUAUAACUUGCGUCGUUUUGUGGAUUGAUAUGUGGUUAAUUAGUGUAUCAUAAGCAAUCAAUAAAUGCGGUCUGCCGCGCUUCGUGUGUGAUCCAGGCCGAAAACGGUGAAUGCACGUCGCUUGCAUUCUGACGCAUUUUUCACUUUUCCGGAGUGGUGUUACUUUCGGUUUCUCAUAUCGAAUGGCUCUCCGGUGACGAGGACAACGAGCAUUCCCACACGCCGGUGUCGUCGGGAGAUCGAUGGAUUGUUAGCAGAAGCAGGAGCUGUGCAGCGCUGCACCAUGAUGGUGGAGACCAUACUCGAGUCCUCACAGGACUUUGGCAUGUCCGGGGGCGCGCUGCCGCAGUGGAAGCGCGAGCUGCUGCAGCGGCGAGCCGCGCGCUCGCGGCCCGCGCCGCCCGCGCCGCCCGCCGCGCCGCCGGCGCCGCCCGACGACGACGAGGAGCUGCGCUACGGGCCCGGCAUCGUCAAGCGGCUCAAGUCGCGCUACCUCAGCCUCGCGCUGCGGGACGCGCCGCGGCGCCGGCCCUCCGUGCUGCGCCGCGCCACCUCCCUCGAGCAUCUGCUGGACGAGCGGCCGCCGCCCGCGCCCCGGGCUGCGGCCCGGGCGCCGCGCCCCGCUUCAUUAGCCGCGCCCGCGCACGCCGCGCAGCCGCGCCGCGAGUUUGCCAAACGGGCGCGCUCUGUCGACGCACUCAGCCGGCUAGAAUCGCGCGAUGAGCUCCCGCCGUCGCCACCGCCGCAGCCCCCGCCGCAGCCCCCGCAGCAGCCCCCUCAGCCUCCGCAACUUCCGCCAGCGCCCCCACAACUCCCGCCAGCGCCGCGGCCGGCCGCGCGGCCCCCGCGUCGCCCGACGCCGCUGCUGCGUGACACGGAACGUCCGCCGCCGGACCUCGUCCGCUCGACGCUGCGCAAGUUCGAGCCGGCGCCGGUGCGGCGGGCGGCGCCGGCGGCGCGCGUGUCGGCGGCGCUGCGCGGGCUGGAGCGCGGCGCCACGCCCACGCCGGAGCCGCGCGUGCGCACGCCGAGCCCGGUGGGCCCGGCCAGCCCGCCCGCGACGCCGGACGAGCCCGAGGCCGGCGCAGCGUCGUCGCCGCGCGUCGUGUCCCGCGCCGCGCUCGAGGGCAUCGCCCGAGCCGGUUCGACGACCCGCUACGCGUUCGAGUCCCCACGGCCAGGCUCGCACCUGCCGCCGCUCGCGGCCACCAACCCGGUGCUGCUGGGCCGCGCGCGCCGCGUGGGCAUCAUCCGCCCGAUGCCGGCGCCGCCGCUGGAGCGCGCUCUGUCCGCCCCUGUCCCGGCCCUCGAGGAGAUCGUCGAUAAGCCAGGGUCGAGGGUGGCGGAGGAUGCGCCACGCCCCGCGACACCGCCACGCGCUUCGCCGGAACCGUCCUCGCCUCGUGUCGACAGGCGACAGGAGCCGCCGUCGGCGCUGGUGGAGCCGAUUCCGCGCUCGCCGCCCGACGAACCGCCGCCGGCGCUGCGGUCGCCUCCGCCCCCCGCCCGAGAGAACUCGCCCGUCCCGGCGAUCGCGAAACCGGAAUCUAAAGUAGAAUCGAAGUCCGAAUCGAAACUCGAAACGAAACCUAAAAGUCUGGUCAACGGCCACGGGGAUCCGCCGCGAAUCAGUGAUAUAAAAGCGAAAGAGACAGUGUCGCGUGUGGGCGGCGCCGAAGUGGAAAAAGUGUGGAAUGGAGUGACGCUGAAGAAGACGCCAGCGGAGGAGGCCCGCGGGGCGGCGGCCAGGCGCGCGCGGCCCGCGGCCAGCACGUCCGUGGUGUUCAACUUCUCGCACCGCAAGGAGGUGCCCGACUACAUCGAGAACGACGGGCUCAUCCUGCGCGCCAGCCGCCGGGACCGCAUCAAGGCCGGCGAGCCGGGCGUGGUGGUGCUGCGGCCGGAGGCGGGUGGCGGGGGCUCGGACAGCGAGGGCGAGUGUGUGGACGCGGGCCCGCCCUCGCCGUGCGACGUGCGCUUCGUCAACGACAACGUGCUCAUCAACGGGCGCUCCUCCAUGCCCGCCACGCGGGACCGCGACCGGCAGGCCCGGCUGAAGCUGCAGUUCGACGACUCGCUGACGCGCACGUUCGAGUACCCGUCGGAGACGUCGCUGUGCGAGCCCGCGGAGCCCGCGCCGGCCGCGGCCCUCCUCGCCGCCAACACGCAUAUCGCGUCGGCGGCGCUGGGCCGCUACACGCCCAGCAAGACCUGCGCCGACGCCUUCCAGCUGGGCGUCACCAGGCAGGCGCCCGCCGCCGCCGCCGCCGGUCAGUAUAGCUCGGGGAGGGGGCGGGCGGCGCUGCGGGCCGACAUGUAUGACGUGUGUGUUGCAGAGGGCGCGGCGCCGGCCGCGGACGAGGCCGAGGGCGACGCGCGGCCCUGCGGCGCCGACGCGGCGCGCUCGUGGAGCGAGGCCCGCAGCCUGCACACCGACCUGCUGUUCUAG